GCGGCGAGUGCUGGUAAGUGGCCGCUAAAGUGGUACGCACCGGAGUGUAUCUACUACUUCCGAUUUGACUCCAAAUCAGACGUCUGGAGCUACGGCAUCACGCUAUGGGAAGUCUUCUCCUACGGUGAAAGACCCUACAAGGAUAUGAAGGGAGCACAGAUAUUGGCGAUGUUGGACCAAGGUCUUCGACUCUCGCGUCCAGUUCGUUGUCCCGAGGCCAUCUACGCGGUGAUGCAGCAAUGCUGGAAUGCUGAGGGUGUACGACGACCCACAUUUGCCGAACUUGUGCUCACUAUGUCGCGCUUAGCCAAAGGACCCCUGUUUCCCAACAACUUCUCCAGUUGUCAUGAGAAUGAACGUGGUGCUAGUGUCAGUGGCGAGUCCGCGGGUGCCUUUGCUUUCUUCUGA